AUGAAGGACAAGGUUGUUCGUUCACGUUCAUCAUCAUAUAGUAAUUCCAUCACGAAUAGUUUAUCGACAACACAGAUAUUAUCAUCAUUAAUGAAUGAUAUACAAACAUCUGAUGUAGUUGAAGGUGAUGAUGAUAAUGGGUCUGUUCCAGCUUCAAUCGAUAAUUAUUCUGCAUCGUCAUCAUCAUCGGCAUUAUCUCGAGCUAAACGUACUUUUGAUGACAGUGAUUCAGAUGAAUCCAUCGAUAUUGAACAACCAAAUAAUGAUAAAUUAGCUGUUUAUGAUUUAUCUGAUGAAGAUUCGGAUGAUGAUGUCGAAUCACCGUCUAGUCAAAAUUUUUCACUUCCUACUAGUACAUCAACAGUAACAACAGGUAAAACAAGUCCAUCAUCAGCUGUUCGAUCAAUUAUUUCAACUUAUAUACGAGAUCAACCAGUUACUACUCCACCACCACCAAAAAAAAUCUCGUGUUCGCUUUGA